UUUGAGAAAAGCAAUGUAACAUUAUUAGAUGUGUAUUCACCACCUCCAUUGAAUCUAAGAAUAUUUAUUUAUUUUUUGUUUGAUUUUAAGCUAAAGUUUUGUAUGUAGCAAACAUAAUUAAUACUUCAUCUUUAGUUUUCAUUCAAUAUGCACAAGAAUAGUUAGAAAAGCCAUUUAUAAAUGUUGCAAAAUAUUUAUUUCCUCCUCCAGACACUUGGUUUGAGCCACAUUCAUCACUCUGAAGCAAUUCAAGUAAAUCAGAGCUCUGCCUACACUUUUGAUACGUUGAUAGGGAAGUUUAACUUAUACACAAAUUUGACAUUUGUGUUGACUCAUUUCCAUAUUUAGAAUUAAAUCCAAUUUAAUUGUAUUUCUGUUGAUUUACAAUUUAUCUGUCCAAGUCUGGCAUGCUAAAUAUGAAAAGAACACUCUACAUUCAAAAUUUGAGAAUUUUCAUUUACUUGGGAUGAAACUACAUUCAACUUGAAUAAACCAUUACAGAAAAAUCCUCUCCAAUUAGUAAUUACAAUUUCAUUAUAUUAGAAAACUAACUUAUAUCCUCUUCAUACAAGAAGAGAUUCUUCUAGUCUCAGGUUCAUAAUAGACAUUAUAUAGGAUCAAGAUCUUGCCGGAAGUCAGCUUCAAAUAAAUUCACCCAAUUCCCAACACGUUUCCUGCAGCACAUGUGCUCAAAGUCACAGCUCCUCAAUUUGAGACCUGCAGGUGGAAAACCAUGAGCCAUUAGAAUAUGUAUGUAUGUUUGCUCCGGUGUCAAUCCACCAGCCAUUAGCAUCUGUGGUCAAACUUAUUUUUGAAAUUAAGAAACAGACCUAAAUGUUAUUUCAAUUGUACUGGGUCCAAUAGUUUGCACAUUACUCCGGAUUGUUCAAUUUUUGGUACUUAACCAAUCAAAGCUCCCUACAUCAGACAAGAUAACACAUCAACUAACUAUAAGGACACCGUUUUAGGAGCCCUUAUCGUGGGAUUUCUCCCUCUCGCGGUGUUGUUUGUUACUCAGAGUGCUAUUUAGGAGGUCCGCGGUCAAACCCCGCGUGUGUGCUUCAGAAAUGAAAAUAUGAAUCCCCGACUUCUCGGAUAGUUUAUGUAUAGUAUAGGUUCUUGGGGUGAUUUUAAGAGUCAGGGGCAUAACUUCGGAAACAUUAAUCCCUUUCAUUUCUCCCCAUUUCCUUUUCUUUCCCCGUCUCUUCCUCUUAGCCUCUACAGAGAAGCUGGCAGAGCCCUCAGCGCAAGAGUGGGAAAAAGAAGUCUCUACAAACCCUUCAAUUACUGAAAAUUUGUGUUUCUUUGUUAUCCUGUGCUAUUAUUCGUAUUCCCGAAGUCUUCAAUAGAAGGCACUCAUUUCUGCAAAAUCUCACUACUCUUGAAGGUACAGAUUGGACAAUGCCAAAAGCAAGGGCAAAGAAGGUUGGAUUGAAGCGCAUUGAUGCUGCAAUUGAUGCUCUUGUUCCGUUGGGCUUCUCAAGAGAGGUUGUCUGCAAGACUAUAAAAAAUCUACUGAAGGUUUACGGAGAGGAUGGUUGGGUUUUUAUUGAGGAGGCUUGCUACAAGACGGUGAUUGAAGCUAUCCUGGAAGAGCAAGUGGAAGAGACAAGAAUGGAGGAAGUAAAAGCUAAUGACGGGACAGUGUCUGAAGAAGCAGAUAAUCCAGCUGUUGAGACUGGGGAGACGAGCCGUCAACCUGACACACCGCCUGUUGUUCCUUGGUGAGCGGGAUGUUAACCGGAAAGUGCUAAUCCUGGCUCAGGUGAGGUGACGGAACAGGCGACGUUAAACCCAGUGAUGACUGUUAACCAAUCCUGCAACUCUACCAUUCUUUCCAGACCAAGAAGGC